AUGGGCUGCCAAGGGAGCAAAGAGCAGCGCACAUCGCGCAAGCAGCAGCGAACUAUGCGAAAGUACAGCCAAAGAGUCGCCAAGACAGUGGUUUCAUCUGCCAUCACAGACGCAGUCGCAGAGCUCGUUCGGACGCAGUCAGUGUCACAGUCCGAAACAAAGCCAGGCGCGGAAGCAGACAACAAGGAUGAAGGCGACGGGAAGAAGUUCCGGCGAACCUUCUCCUUGAAUAAGCGAGCAGCUAGCAAGAGCGGUGCUAAUGACGACGAUGAUGAAGACAACUGGAUCCACCUCACAGAUGAAGACGAUAAGCGCAUUCGCGCCGUCCACAAGGACAACCCUCAAUUCUCGCGCUAUGAGCUGCAGCGCGUGUUUGCAGCUGUGAAGGAGAAUGGGGGAAGUCUCGGCCGGGAGGAGUUUGCGAUGGUGUAUUCGACAUAUGCAAAGCUGCAGGACCACAGCAUGGCCCUCAGUGUCUUUGAUCUCUUUGAUGUCAACCAUGAUGGGGCCGUGUCCUUUGAGGAGCUGGUCCCAUUCCUGGAGAUCAUGGUGCACGGAUCAAGAGAGGACAGGGCAAAAUACUGUUUCCAGCUCUUUGACCGCAACAACAAGGGUGAAAUCUCUCAGGAGGACUUUGCGACAUUUGUGUCGAAACUGCCCGUCGAUCACAUUAUGGAUGACUUCCAGAUGACGCGUCCUGGCUCACGUGUGUUCUCUGAGCAGAAGAGUCUACCAAGUCUGCUGGAAGAGGAUGAUGAGACGGAGGAUGGCGAGCGCGUCGCUGAAGAACACAGAAAGACAGAACGCGCAGCUGAGGAGAAGAAGGAGGCGGAUGCGCGCGUGCGGGCGGAGAUGGUCAAAUCGUUCAGAAAGAGUCGCGGGGACAUCUUUGAGGACGACAACGACAGCACGAGCGCGAAACCAAAGGCGGGUGCAAAGGUGGAUACGCCGAGUGAGAAGCGCGCCAAGGACAUUGCCACAAAGGUGUUUGAAGAACUUGGGCAGGACCGAAACACAAUCACUCUCCAGGAGUUUGUGUCUCGGAUCAACACCAGCCCGACUUUGCAAGCGUUCUUUCCCUUCUGA